CAGGUGAAGUCGCGCAAUGCAUUGUUGGAAAAGAGCAGCUUCGUCGACGGGAAAGACCAACGUUUCUUUUUUUUAACCCACCCCCCCUGCUUUUGAGUGGGGGUUUUUUUUUUCGUAAGGGGUCGCGGGAGACUAAAAUCCCGAGCAACACUUUGUGCCCCUUAGCUUGAGGGGUAACCAUAUUCGACCCGCUUUCACUUCUUACAGAAUCUUUGGAAACGUUCUCGGUGUGUCUUUCUCUCUCGCGCUCGCUUUCUCACAUGUAGACACGCACGCGCGCACUCGUCCGUUCGCGAUGGGGGAGCGCGAGCGCGGGGCUUGAGGCAAGUGAACGAGAAGGGAGAGGGGGGGGAGACAAAGUGAUCCCGGCGGUAACAGUGACGUCAUCAUGGAUCCGCUGGAGACGGGACAGAAGUUCAGCCUGAGACAGGAUCUGGACCUGGAUCCCAGCCUUCAGUUUCUGCCCGCCCCAGAUGCCAAAAAGCUGGAGAAGAGGGCAGUGCGUCACAGGAAGUUGUGGGUUGCCGCCGGCCUGGUGUCGGCAGCCGCCGGGCUGUCUCUGCUCACCGGGAUGCUUGUGUGGCGCUUCCACUUGCACCGCGACGGGGCCCCCAAGCGCAUCUACGUGGGCUCCAUGUCCAUCGGCAACCAGAGCUUCCUGCCGGCCUACGAGGACCCCGGCAGCGAGCCUUUUGUCAAGAUGGCGACGCUCGUCAGUCAGCAGCUAAAAGUGAUCUAUGACACAAAGGCGCCGUUGGGCAAAUACUUCCAACGCUCAUCGGUGGAAGCCUUCAGCGACGGCGGCGGCGAUUCUGUGACGGCGUACUACCGCUCCGAGUUCAGCGUCCCCGCGUCGCAGCAGGCCUCGGCCGACACGGCCGCCCGGUCGCUGCAAACUGCGGCGGGGAGUCCACAAAGCCGACGAGGGAGAGUGCUGCUGAAACCGCAGCGCUGGCUCAAGGUCGACGCUGUCGUCACACGAGCCAUCGAUCCGCGCAUGACGUCACCGUCCUUAUUGGUCAAGAAGUCCUUUGACGUGCACGUCCGAGAGGGCGGAGUCAUUCGGUCGCCGGGUUUCCCCGAUUCCUCAUACCCGUCCAACAUCUUCCUGCAGUGGCGCUUGAGAGCGGACGCCGCCCACCGCGUGCGACUGGACUUCCAAACGUUGAUCCUGGAGGACAACUGCCAACACGACUUUGUCAGGAUUUAUGAUUCGCUAGCGCCCAUCGAGGAAAACACCAUCGCGGAACAUUGCGGCCUUCCUCGCCGUUCGCUGUCCUUCGUGUCGUCGGGCAACGUCAUGUUGUUGACCCUGGUCACCAACGAGGAAAAGAACUUUCCGGGCUUCGUCGCCAACUUUUCGCAGGUCUCUCUGGCGCCACCAGACUGCGGAGGAACUCUGAGCGGUGACGUGGGCGUCUUCUCUUCGCCUUACUUCCCUUCCAGCUACCCUCCUCAGACUUUGUGCGUGUGGAACAUCCAGGCCAGUACCUGCUAUUCGCCAUUAGGGCUGGGCGACCAAUCCUUUCAGGUUUCCAAGGGCAAGUUGGUCAAAGUCAAGUUCAGCAAAUUCUAUGUCGGAAAUGACUCCAGUGAUUGUUCAAGAGAUUAUGUGGAUGUCAACGGCCGAAGGCUGUGCGGCGCGAAAGACGCAAGAACGGCGGUGGCCAGCAGAAGCAACCGGAUGACCGUCAAGUUCAACUCGGAUUGCUCAUAUGUGCACCAGGGUUUCUCCGCCGCCUUCGAGGCCUUCAUCCCGAGUGACUCUUGUCCGGGGAAGUUCCGCUGCACCAACGGCUUGUGCGCCGACUCUCGUCUGCGCUGCGACGGCGUGGACGACUGCGGGGAUGCCAGCGACGAAGAAGACUGCCGCGCCUGUUCUCCCAACGCCUUCCACUGCAGGAACGGACACUGCGUCUCGCGGGCGACGGUGUGCGACGGCAGAGACGACUGCGCCGACGGCUCUGAUGAGUUGAAAUGUGAAAAAUCGGUCGCCAUGACGACGUGCCCGGACUCCAGCUUUCGCUGCGGAAACGGACGCUGCCUGGACAAAGUCAACCCGGAGUGUGACGGCCAGGAGGACUGCGAGGAUGCGUCCGACGAGGAAGCUUGUGAAUGCGGUUUACGGCCAUACCGAAGUUCUCGCAUCGUCGGCGGUGAGGCGUCGCAAGAGGGCGAGUGGCCCUGGCAGGUCAGCCUCCAGCUGGCGGGCCAGGGUCACGCAUGCGGCGCUUCCGUGUUGAGCGGCCGCUGGCUGCUGACCGCCGCCCACUGCGUCCAGGACAAGGGCUCGCUCAGGCACUCCCGGGCCGACCAAUGGGAAGCCCUCCUGGGCCAGCGCGUGCUGGGCCGCGCUAACGAGCGGACGGUGAGGAGGAAGGUGAUGCGGAUCGUGGCCCACCCCGACUUUGAUCGGCUCACUUUCGACAACGACGUGGCGCUGAUGGAACUGGACUCGGACGUGCCGCUCAACCAGCACAUCUGGCCCAUCUGCCUGCCCUCCCCCGCGCACCGCUUCCCUGCCGGCCAGGAGGCUUGGAUAACCGGCUGGGGCGCCGGCAGAGAGGGAGGUGUGGCGGGGAGCAUCCUGCAGAAAGCCCGAGUUCGCAUCAUCGACAGUUCGCCGUGCAACCGCGUCAUGAACGACGAGGUGACCGAUGGAAUGAUGUGCGCCGGCGUCCUCGAAGGCGGCGUGGACGCCUGCCAGGGGGACUCCGGGGGUCCGCUGUCUGUGGUCAGCCCGAGUGGGCGGGUCUUCCUGGCUGGCGUGGUGAGCUGGGGCGACGGUUGCGCUCGCGGCAACAAGCCGGGCAUCUACGCGCGAGUGACGCGAUAUCGCGGCUGGAUCAGGGAGCACAGCGGCCUUUAGCGACGACGCCUUCCAUCGCCACCGCCAGGUUUGAAGACUUUUAAGUUGAAGGUGCGCACGCGACAUCGACGUGUGAGAAUUUCAAACGAGACUUUUCAAACGGCAACUUGAGGACCGCCCAGUUGCCCGCCCCUGCUUGAGUCUUUAUUGACUUGUUAAGACUUUCUUGGGAUUCUUUACAAAAUGUCCGAAAAUGAUCCUUUCCUCCAUUUUCCGAUCCACUUUAUCCUCAAAAGGGGUGCUGGAGCCUAUCCCAGCCGUCUUCGGGCAGUAGGCGGGGGGGGGACACCCUGAACCAGUUGCCAGACAAUCGCAGGGCACACACGGACAAUUUUGAGUGUUCAAUUAGCCUGCCAUGCUUAUUUUUGGAAUGUGGGAGGAAACCGGAGCACCCGGAGAAAAGCCACGCGGGCACGGGGGGAGAACGUGCAAACUCCACACAGGGAGUCCCGGAGUCUGGAUCAAACCCACGACCUCGGCACUGUGAGGUCGACACGCUAACCACUGCGCCACCGGGUCAGGCCGCCUCUGAAAAUCAUUUGGAAACUAAUUGGGACUGUCUAAAGAGUUUUUUUAAUUUUAUUGACCCCCAGGGGUGGGCAAUUAUUUUUUGCAUAGGGCCACAUGAGAACCAGAAAACAUUAUGGAGGGCCGGAUCAAAAAGGCGAACUAAAUUCGACAUCAUAUGAAUUGGAUUUCUUGAUUUUAAAAAGCAAUAUUUUGCAUUUUUUGGUACGUUUUUCAGACUUUAAGAGUACAUUAUUCCGUCGUAUCGAACGGGAUUCGCUUGACUUGGCGCUACCGCGGGCUUCCGUAUCAUCUCCCCCUUCCUCCCUAUGCUCUGCAACUUCAAGUAACUGUGCCACCUGGUGUUGACUUGAAAUCAUUACAAGUCCAAAUGAAAUUUUUGCAGUCGUUGACAUCCCAACCUUAAUUGUAUACCAACCUUCGGCGGGCCGGAUUGAAAAGAGCAACGGGCCGGAUUUGGCCCGCGAGCCGUUGUUUGCCCACCUCUGCGUGUAAAGAUGUAAAGAUGUUUUCUAUUUUGUAUUGCAUUGUUGGGGAGUUUUGGGGAUUAAUAAACCUGUGUAACUUUU